CAGAUCCAAGCGGUUGGUAUGAACAGAGGUGGAUACCAUUACCUCCUCGGUGGACUGGCCAUAGAUGAGAUUGACAUAGACGACUUCAAGCACGGUGGGGUCAACAUUACGGGCUUCCUUCUCAUUAACCGGUCAGACAUUAAGAUUGACUUGGCCCAGCGGGAUUGGGCCAAACUCGGGGAAGGGCCCAUUUUAAAGCUGGAGCCAGCACUUGCCAUGGAUGCCAUCUCAAUCCUGACAAACGCAUUCUCGAAUAUGCUGCAGUUGAACAACGACGAGUUCAGUGACGUCUUCAGACGCAAUUACAACUUUGGGGACCAAAAGGUGGAUGCCUGUAUGGGCAACGUUACGGGACCCUGGAUCAAAGGAGCCAGUAUUGCUAGACAUCUUAAAGAGCUGACCUACCCGGGCCUUACGGGUUAUAUAUCGUUUGAUAGGUGGGGAUAUAGGAAGGAUUACAUGCUUGGUGUCUAUGAACUUAGCUUGAACAAUGGGCUUAAACAGGUUUGUUGUACUGGAGUACCAGACGACACGCCAACGGCUGCCGAUCUAAAACCUCUUGCCGUUAACAGAACAAGGAUUGUUACUACAAUCAUUGUUACGGCGACUUCAACGGCUACAACCAGCGACCCAUCAAGCCAGCAGGCUAUCGGGGCAAACAAAUUUGAGGGCUACUGUGCCGAGCUAACAGCCACACUUGCCCAAAAAGUCGGCUUCAACUACGAGCUGAGGCUUGUAGCUGACGAGAAGUAUGGAGCUAAGACGGAUAAUGGGACAUGGAAUGGGAUGGUCGGAGAGCUGACUACAAAGGUUGCAGACCUAGCCAUAGCCCCAUUGACUAUCUCGUCCAUCAGAGAACGAGUCAUAGAUUUCAGCAAGCCCUUCAUGAAUCUCGGAAUUUCUAUAAUGAUCAAAAAGCCGGAGAAGCAAAAGCCAGGAGUCUUCAGUUUCAUGGAUCCUCUCGCCUAUGACAUCUGGGCCUGCAUCGUCAUUUCAUAUCUGGCGGUCAGUUUCGUCCUCUUCUUGGUCAGCAGGUUCAGUCCGUACGAGUGGCAGACAGACGACAACAACAACACAAAUUACGACAACAGCAAAGACAUCGGUUACACCAAUGAUUUCACAAUUCUUAACAGUUUGUGGUUUUCCCUGGCUGCUUUUAUGAGGCAGGGUUGUGAUAUUUCGCCGAGAUCAUUAUCAGGACGGGUAGUGGGCAGUGCGUGGUGGUUCUUCACCCUGAUCAUCAUCUCAUCCUACACGGCAAACCUGGCAGCCUUCCUGACAGUUGAGAGGAUGUUGACCCCGAUAGAGAGUGCUGAUGACCUCAGUCAGCAGACUGAAAUUCUCUACGGCACUUUAGAAGCUGGAUCUACAAAAGAUUUCUUCAAGAACUCGAAAAUUCUGAUCUACAUGAACAUGUGGCAGUUCAUGAGUACACACCCAGAUGUUUUCGUCAAAACUACAGAAGAUGGCGUUUCUAGGGUCAGAAACAGCAAAGGUAAGUAUGCAUUCCUGUUGGAAUCCACGAUGAACGACUACUACAACCAGAAAAAACCCUGUAACACCAUGAAGGUUGGCAGUGACCUUGAUUCCAAGGGCUACGGAGUUGCUACCCCUAUCGGCUCUGAUUUGAGGGAGCCCAUAGGGCUAGCCAUACUACAACUUCUCGAAAGUAGCUACUUGCAGAAACUUCACAAAAAAUGGUGGUACGACAAGGGCGAAUGCAUUCCGGAAGAUACAAAAGGCGGAAGUUCGACACAGAGCGCAUUGACCCUGAGUAAUGUGGCGGGAAUAUUCUAUAUUCUGAUUGGCGGACUGGGCUUGUCCAUGCUGACGUCAUUGCUCGAGUUCAUUUACAAGUCUAAACGGGAGAUACUCAAACAAAAAGUUAACGGAUAUAUUUUCUGUUUAAAAUUCGUCCAACAUUUACAAGCCUCCAUCCGAUCUUUUCAUACUAACUCUAAAUAUUUAAAAAAAAUUUGA